UCACUACAGCCCGCAUUUUCAAACAUGUCCACUAAUUUUGGGCUGCCCAACAUGAGGCAGCUGGGGUCUGAUUUGCUGAAGUGCUAAGCACCCCGAACGUCAGCAGGAGCCGCAGUUACUCGGCACGCUGGGAAUCAGGCCAUUGGUGUCUCAAGCUGGGCACCCAAAAUCUCAGGCCACUUUUGAAUAUACAGAUUUAUACUCAAUUUUCACCAUAUACUGUAACCUGCCUACUAUACUAAACGCUCUAGGGGAGAUACCUGUGAUUCAUUAUAACAAGAGGUUUGGUAGUAGCUGUGCUGAGCAAUCUGCAGAUACAUCCCUCUUUUUUCUUUUCUUUUCUUUUCUAAGCUGAGUUGAGUGCUGCUGAAAGAAUCCAGGUUGGCAGCCCCGAAUCCAUAGCAACGUGCAAACAGGUGUCAGCUGAUGCUGGUCAGAAAAAUUCAAAUGAAACUUUUUUUUUUUUUAAAUCAGCAUUUGCUGUUUCAUCAAAAUGUUCCAUGGACGUGGAACGAUUUCGACUAAGUUUCGACACAUCCCUGCUUUCUCACCUGGCUUCUCGGCAACCUGCCUCGGGGAACCUAGGCUGUGACUAUGGGGCAGCCCACGGGGUGGACUGCCUUGGGCUCAGGAUCUUUCAAGAUCUGCAUUCCACGAGGUGGUCGGGAUUGGAAGAAGGACCCCCAGGCUCCAAGACAGCCCACCAGGUGAAACAUGGGACAGUUUCUACGGAACUCUAGGUGACUUCUUGACAUCCUGGUUACCAUGACACUCAGCAGAGGACUGUGGGAAUAAAGUGGGAAUCCCUCCCCGCCCUCAAAAAACCACCUAAUGGCCUCAACUGGGGCUCACCUGGUAUGCUAACGUCAUGGGGAGCUGCUACAGCUACCUGUGCAGAGACAGUGUCCCAGACAACCACCCCACCAAGUUUAAGGUAACAAAUGUGGAUGAUGAGGGUAACGCGCUGGGAUCUGGGAUUAUGGAGCUAACGCAGAUGGAGCUCAUCUUGCACACACACAAGCGCGAUGCUGUCAGGUGGCCGUACCUUUGCCUGCGCCGCUAUGGCUAUGACUCCAACCUCUUCUCCUUCGAGAGCGGACGCCGCUGCCAGACCGGACAAGGGAUAUUUGCCUUCAAGUGUUCAAGGGCGGAGGAGAUCUUUAACCUGCUGCAGGACCUGAUGCAGUGUAAUAGUAUCAAUGUGGUGGAGGAGCCAGUCAUCAUGACUAGGGGCAAUCACUCCACUGAGCUGGAGCUAUCCCGGACACCCCAGACAACCAACGCUCUGGGAUACACUGUUCCAGGGUUCCCCAAUGGAUUCCACAGCUUCCCUGGGGAAGCCCCAUCCUACUCCACGGCCCGACACCCUUCCAUGAACAGCUUGAGACACUCCUCCAUUGGGGAGGACUCCACACAUGCCCUCAUUGGGCCGGAUGAACAGUCCCACACCUAUGUGAACACAACCAGUGGCGAGGAGGAGAUGAGGGGCCGGCACUGCAUGCACUCGCUGCCUGAAGUCCACCCUCCUUUUCUGCACGGGAACCACAGCUGCUCUCUGGAGGACCGAAACCCCCAGGUCUUCCUGCAGCCGGGGGAGGUGAAGUUUGUGCUGGGCCCUGCCCCAGUUCACAGGCACAUGGUGAAACGUGACAGCUCCUGCCGUUACUAUCGGGAGUGCGGGGGGCACAUCUGCGGCCCUAACAACAACAACGAGUGCCAGGAUGAGUGCCUCGUGCCCAGGACACCCCUGCUGCACUACGAGAACCUGCCUUCCUUGCCUCCUGUGUGGGAGUGCCAGCCGCUGCGGCAGGACGAGGACUCUGGGGACACGCUGACUCCUUCUCCGAAUGGCUACCCCGAGCCGGACGAAGGUGACCCCCUGCAAAACUACAUGAACUCGGAGAACACCGCACUGCACAGCGGCCUGCGUCGGGAUGACUUCUUGCAGCACCGCCACAACUGCACACCUAGUGUCUUCAGCUUCGACUUCCGCCGGCCCUGCCCGGAGCAGCAGCGGCAGCUCAACUACAUCCAGGUGGAGCUGGAGGCUGACCCCCACAAGGGGCGCCAGAGCCUCCAGGUGCCCUGCGCCCCGCUUCCUGCUGCCCACCCAGCCAGCAGGAUGGACUCCUACGCGGUCAUUGACCUUAAGAAGACAGCAGCCAUGUCCAACUUGCAGAGAGCGCUGCCCAGAGACGAUGGGACUUCAAGGAAAACUCGGCAUAACAGCACCGACUUGCCUCUUGGCCUUCAUAAACCUUGGUCUCAAGAGUCAAAGGUGCUCUCCAAAGCAUUAUAUAUCUGGCUGGUGUCACACCGCUGGACACAAGGAGCUCAGCAUCGUAAAUGGGUGAGUACCUGCCUUGGAGACCCCGCAUGUGCUAACACAAAAAGGAAUUAGCCCCCGAACUGAAUUGGCUCCAGGAUGAGGAACACAUCAUCUCUUAAAGCUUGUCCUGUGGACAGAGGGCUUCCUCUGGUAUCGUCCCUGCACUGAUCUGUUCUGUGUGGGGCUGAUAACAUGGAAAAGACCAUGUGUCCCCAGGAGGCUUUCGGCUUGAGGAGAUUUUCUUUAGGUUUUUGAGUGGCUUAACUUUUUAAGUGUUUUUUCUUUGGGUUUUGAAGUUAGGCAGGUGGACUGCCUCUCCCUCGACAUCUAUUUGUGGUUGCCAGGGAAUAGGUCUAAUCUGAAGGAGUGUGUCUAUUUUUAGCUUGUUUUAUACAGCCUAGAUGCCUACUUUUCUCUCUAGGAAUGGAGAGGAACUGUAACGCUCUUGGUCUGAAUGCUAGUAAUAGUUACCUGCCUUACAAGGGUAUUGUGAGGAUUAAUUGAUGUUUACAGAGUGGUUUGAACACGAAAAAAAUUAUACAAGUAUUUUUAUGUAAGCCACUGUGUCCACUGGAAAAAAUUCCCAGCUGUUGCUGUCUUUAUCUCCAGUGGGAAGCGGCCGUCUAAAUACCUCUAACCCUCAGAAUCUCCUCUCUCCCAUGCUGGAAGGGGAUUGUUUCUGUACCUCUCAUGCCAGAGACC